CAUUGCACCUGCUAACUUUGGUAUGAUAUAAAAAAAAAGACUCCACCUUAUCUCCCUCCCUCCCGUCCCUAAUUUAGCAUUUAUGGUCGCCUUGCCUGAUGAUAAAUUGGGGAGAGUUUUAGGCCGUAGAUCAUAUGUAUAUCGUACCGUGUCAGUACUUGGAAUAGCCAUCACUCUCUCCUGCUUUCUCGGACACUGUUGUCGAAGGGAAGCGAGAAGCGCAUCACCAGAUAUGAUUCGGCAUCUCAAGCUCUAAGCCUGCGGCCCACCCAACUCAGGGAAAGUCCAGGCAUCCCCGACCACCGGUAGAGGAGUUGUGUCCUAACACGUGUUGUCGCCUCAAUUAUGGCAAAGGAACGCUCAUCGACCUCAUCCAUCACAACUGGUCCCGUGCUCUUUACAAUCCGAGGUUGGGCACCGUAAUGUUAAUUUUCUUAGAUUACGAGCCUAAGCAUGCCUGGGCUGCUUGCCCAGGAGGCAGGGGAAGCACGGAAACCCACACAGCACUGCAUCGCAGGCGCAUCUUACGGGUAAUCCCUCCCGGUCGCUUCCGGGGAAUCGAUCACGGAUCCUCACGCCUGUUCAGUCCAAUCGGGACUUGAGAAGUUCGGCCCCUCACGGGUCUGACUCAUACAAACGGAUCUGAGGCUCUUGUCCCACAUUACCCCACUGCGCCGCGGCAGCAUUUUCCCCAGGAACACAGAGGCUUCAGUGCCGACACCGAAAGCUAAACGUUCCUCCACCAUCACUAAUUCGGCAAAAUCCCAAGUUACAAUGUCACCCUCCAAUCCCACAAUAGUGCUCUCCCAAGAGCCCAUCGAGGGCGCCACAUCCCAAACUUUCAAGGACGCAAUGGUCGUCCGAAAGGCAGUCUUCGUGGAGGAACAAGGUGUCCCAGUGGAAAACGAACUCGACGACAAUGACAAACGCAGCUACCACAUGGUUGCUUACGACUCCGACGCCCAUGCCUCAGUAAACGUGCCCAUCGGGACCAUCCGAAUAAUCCCCGGCCCUCACAAAAGCCAUCCCGGCGAGCCCGUCCCUAUUGGCCAGGAGCAUGCCAACUACCUAAAGUUGGGGCGGUGGGCUACGUCAAAGGCUUAUCGGGGACAUGGGGUUGGAAGGAAAUUGAUUGAUGCGGCGGUCGAGUGGGCUGCCAGGAAGGAAUUUACUGGGGAUGACGGGUCGGAGUGGAACAGGAUGUGUUUGGUGCACGCGCAGACCAGUGUUGUGGGUUUGUGGGAGAAGGCAGGGUUUGUGGUGGAUGAGAGUAUGGGAGAGUGGGAUGAGGAGGGGAUCAUGCAUAGGGGUCUAUGGAAGAGGAUCCCAAAAGGUGUAGGGUGCUAAUUGGCCGGAGUUGGGUACGAUAUUGUACCAUAUCACACCGUUGGUUGGAUUGUGGCCUCUUUGUCGGCUGAGUUUGAAGUCCAUUGAAUACAGGUAGACCGAUCGAGCAUUUGGGCCCGUGUUUGAUAUGGCUUGAGGUUCUCCAUAGAACCUUACUGCAGGGUGCACAUGAUGUUGGCAGGCCAUAAGUUGUGGUUCACAAUGGUGAGCACGUACCGUACGAUACCUCUCCGGUACAAUGGCAUCGGUACGUGAGAUUCUAUGGGAGGGGUCAAGAUCCUUGGAUGACUCGGAACUGCCGAAUUUUGUUUUUUUGUUAAAUCCGUGGUUUAUUUGUAGCUAGCUACUUGUACAGGAAAAUCCAUGGCAUGCAACCUAAGUUAUGGUCUAAAAACCGCUGUAACAAAAGAAAUUUCAUCACCGCCCUUUCCCAAAUAACAAAUAAAUGGUGAAUACCACAUCCAAUCCUAUCAAAAUUGAGAAACAAUUUGUAGUUCAUGAAACCAAAUCAAGUUGGCAUUUUCUGUUCAUUUAGGAAAUCCCCCAGCAACAUAGGAAAAUCCUAUUCUUAUUAAUGCUUCUCUUCCAUAACCUCAGACUGAAAGUGGAAGAGCCCCCAGUCUGGGGCUAUGAAAGAGCAUAAGGUAGGCAGCAGUAGGGUGCCAGCCAUGGUGUUUUUAUCUCAGAGGAUACCGUUCCAGCACACUUACGAAGCUCCAAGUUGAAUGGCCGGGCAGGAUCGUGAGAUUCAAUCAUGGUGUUGAACCCCGUUUCUCACCUUCCUAAUUAGGAAGGUGAAUGGUGGACACGGAGCUU